AAGAAUUCGAAGAAUUCGAAGAAGGAAAUUCUUCAAAUAGUAACAUCAACCAAACCGUAGAGGAGAAUCGAUCAACUGAUUCUUCUCAAAAUACGCUUGUUGAAUCAAGUAUUCUCGGAGGUCUUCUACUUCUCCGAAUAAAAAUCUUUAUAUUAAAAUUGCGGCUAGCUGAUAGAGAUUAUACAACGAUGAUGAACCUAUUUGAGAUUUUAUUCAGCCAGUCGACAAUUAACUCUUCUUUUCGGAAUGGCGGAGACGUCGAGGAAACCAUUAUCGAGCUUGUUAAUAGUAGUAUCCAAAUUGAAGAUUUUUCACAUAUUCAAGUCUGCAUUAUUGAUGAUAUGAUCUUCUCUUCAGAUAAUCGUAGGCUUUACGUAUUCCAAGAAGCAAUUCGAAGGGGAUUAAAAGUUGAUAAAAUUCCAGUUCGAGUUCAACGAUCGACAGAUUUGAAUAUUAAAUGGAAAAUGGAAG